UAGCAUAUAUCUGUGCAGAAAGUAGCAACGUAGCUCUUGUCAAAAGGUCAUGAUCUUCUUAUCGGCAUCAGUGUUGAGACAUCGAAUAAUGUGUUCUAGGGCGGUUAAGCAAACUGAUAUCGUAUCACAAAAAAAUUAAUUGGGCAUCUUAGUUUGGAUUCAAACGGAGUUGCGUCAGUUGGAUUUGUUUUCAUUUUAUUCUCUUUCAAAAUAUUUCUGUUUCAUAAAUUAACAUGCCAUAAACUAGAUAGCCUAUUAUACAUGAAUUAAUUGAACUAUACACAACUUCGAGUGAACCCAUAAAACUUUGUGAAAAAUUAUUAGCUAGACGGAACGCAUUGAUCAUAAGGUGUUGAGUGCCAGUGCUUUAAUUUAUUAAGGAACUUAUAGGACAUAUCGACUUUCCAGUGAGGUGUUUUGAACAAAGACUUUUAAAUGGCUGGACUUUCAUCAAGAAGGUGUUUCUGCAGAUGGGUGUUAAGACAUCAGCAUAAAUUGAAACAAAUGGUACGGACAUGCCAUUUGAAGGUUCAGGAAGUUUAUGGAUUGGAUGAAUACAGAAAUGACGAGCCAGAUUCCCAGGAGACAUUCAGGUACAGUGAACUCACAACCAAAUUAGCAGAACCAGAUCAACUGAGGCUCAAACCAGAUGUAAGUGAAUUGAAAUUUGGACAAAUAUUUACAGACCACAUGCUCAAAAUAUUUUAUCAUGAACGAUUAGGAGGAUGGCAAAAACCAGUUAUAAUACCUUUCGAGAAUAUAUCACUCCAUCCAGCUGCCAAAGUUCUUCAUUAUGCCGUGGAGUUAUUCGAGGGAAUGAAAGCUUACAGAGGAGUAGAUGGAAAAAUAAGAUUAUUCAGACCAGACCUUAACAUGGACAGAAUGAAUUCUUCGGCCUUGAGUUCAGGUUUACCUACCUUCUAUGGAGAAGAGCUCAUUAAAUGUGUUAGGAGGUUGGUACAAGUUGAUCAGGAAUGGGUACCUCACCAAGAAGGGGCUAGUUUAUAUAUAAGACCUACGUUCAUUGGAAUAGAUGGAACCCUUGGAGUAGCACAUUCAGAAUCAGCUCUCCUCUAUACAAUUCUUUGUCCCGUUGGAUCAUACUUCGACGCCAAAGAAGAAGGGAUAUCUCUUCUUGCGGAUCCAAGGUUCACAAGAGCAUGGCCUGGAGGUUGUGGAGAUAAGAAAAUGGGAUCGAAUUAUGGUCCCACCAUCAGGGUUCAGAAGAAAGCAAUGGCAAAAGGAAGACAGCAGGUGCUUUGGUUAUAUGGUGCUGAUGAAUAUCUCACAGAAGUGGGGACAAUGAACAUUUUUGUUUUUUACGUCGACAGAAAUGGAGAUAAAGUUCUAGCUACACCACCUCUGAAUGGUUUGAUCUUACCUGGUGUUACUAGACGUUCAAUUAUGGAUUUGGCUCUACGGUACAAAGAUUUCCGUCUAGAGGAAAAAGUUCUGACAAUGGGAGAACUAAUAAAAUUGAACAAGCAAAAUAGACUGCUAGAGAUGUUUGGAAGUGGUACGGCUUGCAUAAUAAGUCCAAUAUCCUCAAUCGACUACAAAGGAGAACUAAUUCGAAUACCAACAAUGGAACACACCUACCCAGUAUUCCGAAAAUUCAGAGACGAAUUAUAUGCCAUCCAUUAUGGUCACAAAAUACACCCAUGGGCUAUUCCGAUCGAGUAAAGGAAUUUACUGAAUGAUAUCUUGCUUUUGACUGUGUUAUUUUAGAUUUGUAAAUUAUUUUUAAUUUAUGUUAUUUGUUAUAUUUAUCCAGUUAGUUAUCAGAAUUUCGAAGAGAAGUUCGAGAUGAAUCAUCAGUACUAAGAUAGUUCUUAAGUAAUUUAGAUUGUUCGUUCUCACACGAGAUUAUAGGUUUUUAUAACUUUUUAUAUGUUGUUAUGGAGUAGAACUUCAUAUUUGACUCAGGAGAAUUGUAAGAUUCUUUAUAACUUUUCGAAACUGGAGUUCGGUUAUUACCAACUUUGGUUUUUGAAUGUUUGAAUUCGAUUAAUGAAAUAUAUUCUUUAAUUUUUGA